AUGGCGCAGUUGAGUUAUGUGCGUGUCGUGGUGGAGAAAAGCGAGAGCGAGGAGCGGCGGCCGGCGGAGCUCGCGACAGCCCCGGUCCCGGCCCCUGUCCCCGGGGGCGGCGACUUCAUGAAAGUGAACCCGGCUUUGCGGCCUGUCGCCUCGGCCAAGAAGAGGAGAAUGAUGCCGCCGCCGCCGACGACGACGCCGCCGCCGCCGUCUGAGGCUUACGGUAAAGCCAGAGUGGAAGUGCGUGGCGCGGGGACGGGGGCGGCGGCGGCGGCGGCGGGGACAGGCACAGGGGGGGCGGCGGCGGGUGGGUUCCUGCCGCCGGGGGAGAAGGGCAGCGACGGCAGAGGCAGAGAGAGGCACGAGAAGGGCAGCGGCGGCGGCAACAACAACGCGGCCAAACGCUGUGCGGAGACGGGAGACGGCUCCAGGGGGGCGAAGGAGGUAAAGGCCACAGCGGCUCCUCGGCCCCUUCUUCUCCCUCCACCACCUCCACCCCCUCCUCCUCCUCCUCCUCCUGUCUACAGCAGCGCCGGUUACCUCCACUCCUUCAAAGCCCACAAGCUUCCCAGGGAAAAGUACAACAACAACAGGGACAAGGAGAAGGAGAGGAAGCACAGGGUCAAGAAAGAGAACGGCGACCUCAAGUUACUCCAGAAAGGUAACAGUGAAAAACGGAAACUUGGUGCAGAAGAAUUCCAGUUUAAAAAGAUAAAGAAGAAAAAGAAAAAGAAACACAAGGAAGGUGAAAAGCGAAAACGACCCAAAAUGUGCAGCAAAUCCAUUCAAACGGUUUCCUCAGGGCUUGUAUCAGAAAUCAAAGAGCAGGGGAUAACAUCGAUAGAAGACGAAAAUAGGUCAGCCAACUUGUACCUAGAAGGUGGACUGCCUGAAUGUACGUCAACAGAAAGCAGUCGACUGGCACUUAACUUGUGCAGGGAUUUCUGUGUUGAAAGCAAAGGUUCAGGACUGGAUUUAUUGUUCAGAAGGUUUAUUCACAUAGAAGACCAGCCAAAUGGAGGAGCUUCGGUGUUGCACGCCUACAAGGAUGAACUCUCUUCCCUAUCUCCCAUGGAGAUGGAGAGAUUUGCAGAGGAGUUUGUGAAUAUGACUUUUAGUGAGAAUAAUAACUCUGCCCAUUAUGUUAUGGGUAUUGUUCAUGGAGCCGCUGCAUACUUACCAGAUUUCCUUGAAUACUUUGCCUAUAGCUUUCCAAAUGUUCCAGUAAAGAUGGAGAUCCUGGGAAAGAAGGAUAUAGAGACAACUACCAUGUCAAACUUCCAUGCUCAGGUGAGGCGGACAUAUUCUCACGGUACUUACAGGGCAGGCCCAAUGCGACAGAUCAGCUUGGUCGGAGCAGUUGAUGAAGAAGUUGGAGAUUACUUCCCAGAGUUCCUGGAUAGAUUGGAAGAGUCUCCUUUUUUAAAACGUACAUUACCGUGGGGCACACUUUCUAGUCUCAAUCUUAAGUGCCGCAAAGAAAGUGACGAUGGUCCUAUUAUGUGGGUUCGUCCAGGAGAACAGGUGAUCCCUGUAGCAGACAUGCCAAAAUCACCUUUUAAACGAAGACGGACUACCAAUGAAAUAAAAAAUUUACAGUAUCUACCUCGUGCGAGUGAGCCACGUGAAAUGUUGUUUGAGGACAGGACUCGAGCCCACGCAGAUCAUAUCGGGCAGGGAUUUGAACGUUGCACGACAGCAGCUGUUGGAGUGUUGAAAGCAGUACAGUGUGGGGAUUGGUCUGAUCAACCCCGUAUAACCAAAGAUGUGAUUUGUUUUCAUUCAGAAGACUUUCUGGAUGUGGUGCAGAGACUUCAAUUGGACCUGCACGAACCUCCAUUGUCUCAGUGUGUUCAGUGGGUAGAUGAUGCAAAGCUCAAUCAAAUACGAAGAGAAGGUAUUCGCUAUGCUAGAAUUCAGCUGUAUGACAAUGACAUAUAUUUCAUUCCUCGCAAUGUUGUACAUCAGUUCAAGACUGUAUCUGCUGUUUGCAGUUUAGCAUGGCACGUACGGUUGAAACAAUAUCAUCCAGAAGGGGAAGGAACACCUCAUCAAGAAUGCACUUCUGAAGAAGGCCCAGAUACACCAGCAGACACCAAGUGCCCAGAUAUCAAAAUAGAGACUGAGGACAUGAAGCAGGAAGGUGACAUUACCUCUGAAAAUGCAAAGCAUCAAGAAAUCAAAAUAGAACUUCAUGUUGCUGAACCCCCAGAAGUGAAAGCGGAGCCUGAAAACACUGAAUCGCAAUUUGCAACAGAGUCAAAAGACCUUGUGUGCCCAAACCCCCAAACUGACCGUGGAGAUCAACAGCAGCUAUCCUCAGUAGAUCCAGAUUUGCAUGAGCAGCGACCGAACUUUUCUUACUGAUGUGUAUACACCCUUUGGAGCUUUUAUUUUUUUUAAAUGUAUCUUAAUGAUGGUGUGACGUACAAUGUUCUUGCUUACAUAAGCUCUGUGGGGCAAGCUUGUCACUGUUCUCAAGACUGUUACGCGAUAGGACAGAACAGUACAUUUAGCUUUGUAACAUUCCUCAGUGCCUGUUCAUAACUGUGAAACACAACAGCACUUAGGGACAGAUGUACUGUAAUACUACAGGUUUAAUGGAAAAAAAGUCUAAAAAAAUUACUUUUUUAUUUUUAGAUAAGUAAUGGGAAUAGAAGCAGAGUUGACCUCAGCGUAAAUUUUUUUUGUAAGCUGAGCCAAAAUUGUUUCCAAGUCCAGGCUUAUCCCUAGAGCUUAUGUCAACCUAAUUGCAAGUUUGAAUACUGGUAUUUGUGUCAACACAGUAGUGUAAAUACAUUUUUUAUUAUAAUUAUGUAGUGUGAUUUAAAACUAAAAUCUGAACCACUUAAUAAAGGUUCAGUGUGCUUUAAUGUUUUUUAUACAAACCGUAAGUUCCAGAAGUAGUAGUCUUGAGCUGUUUUACACCAACAUUAUUUUAUUUCACCUAAUGUAGAUAUGAAAAAAAAGUUUAAUGUAAUUG